UCUGCAGGGCCGUUGCUGCCACUACUAGAACAGUAUGCAGGCGUAGGUUCUUAUGACCAAAACACUCUCAGGGGGGCCCCAUGGCAAGUUCAGUCACAAGGCGCUAACACUGACAUAUUUACGGGCAACCAACCUCAACUAGCUAGCAUGGCUAAUCAAGGGCCUUCAUGCAGCACGUGGCAUCAGCCAGCACCCAUGUACCUAUCAUCGACGUCAUACACAGCGUAUUACGCUGGUGGUGACACGGCAAUCGUCCCGUGGCAAGCUUCACAAAUUGCAGGUGGAGCACGACAUUUUGGUGUCACAGACCACACAAGAUGGCCAAAUGCAGCACAACAAGAACCUACAACUACAGUGAACAGCGGUGCGGGGACAUCUACUGCGGGGAGGGACACCGACAUUGACUGGGAGCCUGGAAGUGCGCAAAUUUAUGCUGGGGAUUUCCGCUGCGGGUGA